AUGGCCCCGAGGACCCCCAUCAAUGCUCCCCUGCUACUCAUGGGGCUGCUGACCACAGGCCUGGCUCAGUUGCCAAUCCCUGUCACAGCCCCUCGUGGCUUCUGGACCCUGUCUGAAAACCUGACAGCUGUGGAGGGGACCACGGUUGAGCUGCAGUGUGGGGUCAAUGCCCCUGGCAGUGUGGUACAAUGGGCCAAGGAUGGGCUACUCCUAGGCCCUGACCCUGGGAUCCCAGGCUUCCCGAGGUACCACCUCAAAGGAGAUCCUGCUAGAGGUGAAUUCCACCUGCACAUUGAAGCAUGUGACCUCAGUGAUGACGCUGAGUAUGAGUGCCAGGUCAGCCGCUCAGAGAUGGGCCCGGAGCUUGUGUCUCCCAGAGUGAUCCUCUCCAUCCUGGUUCCCCCCAAGGUGCUUCAGCUGACCCCUGAGGCAGGGAGCACAGUCACCUGGGUAGCUGGGCAGGAGUAUGUGGUCAGCUGUGUGUCUGGGGAUGCAAAGCCAGCACCCGACAUCACCUUUCUCCAAAGUGGACAAACAAUAUCUGAUGUUUCUGCUAACGUGAACGAGGGGUCCCAGGAGAAACUCUUCAUCACAGAAGCCACAGCCAGGGUGAUACCUCAGAGUUCGGAUAAUGGGCAGUUACUAGUCUGUGAAGGGUCCAGCCCAGCUUUGGCCACUCCCAUCAAGGCUUCGAUCACCAUGAAUGUUCUGUUUCCCCCAGGACCCCCUGUCAUCCAGUGGCCAGGUCUGGAAGAAGGGCACGUGAGGGCAGGGCAGAGCCUGGAGCUGCCCUGCACAGCACGAGGGGGAAAUCCGCCAGCCACACUACAGUGGCUAAAGAACGGCCAGCCUGUGUCCACAGCAUGGGGCACAGAGCACGUCCAGGCGGUGGCCCGCAGUGUACUGACAAUGACUGUGAGGCCGGAAGACCAUGGAGCAAGGCUCAGCUGUGAAGCCUACAACAGUGUAUCUACAGGGACCCAGGAACAAAGCGUCACACUACAGGUCACCUUUCCCCCCAGUGCCAUUACCAUCCUGGGAUCUGCAUCGCAGACUGAGAACAAGAAUGUGACACUGUGCUGUAUCGCCAAGUCCAGUCGCCCUCGGGUCCUGCUGCAGUGGUGGCUAGGGGGGCGUCAGCUGCUUCCUACAGAUGAAACAGUCAUGGAUGGCCUGCAUGGUGGGCACAUCUCCAUGUCUAAUCUGACAUUCCUGGUGCGGCGGGAAGACAAUGGCCUGACCCUCACCUGCGAGGCCUUCAGUGAGGCCUUCACCAAGGAGACCUUCAAGAAGUCACUCACCUUGAAUGUGAAAUAUCCUGCCCAGAAACUGUGGAUUGAGGGACCACCAGAGGGGCAGCAUCUCAGGACUGGCACCCGGGUGAGGCUGGUGUGUUUGGCCAUUGGGGGCAACCCAGAUCCCUCCCUCACCUGGUACAAGAACUCGCGCACGGUGACGGAGCCGCGGCUGCCGCAGGAGUUACGGCGGGUGCACCUGGGAAGUACAGAGAAGUCUGGGAGCACCUUCUCCCGAGAACUGGUGCUGGUCGCAGGUCCGUCGGACAAUCAAGCCAAGUUCUCCUGCAAGGCGGGCCAGCUUAUAGUGUCCACGCAGCUUGUGGUGCAGUUUCCUCCAACGAAUUUGACGAUCCUGGCCAAUGUGUCUGCGCUGCGCCCAGGGGACGCCUUAAACUUGACGUGCGUUAGCAUUAGCAGCAACCCACCAGUGAACUUGUCAUGGGACAAGGAGGGAGAGAGGCUGGAAGACGUGGCCGCACCGCCCCAGAGCGCCCCGUUCAAAGGCUCCGCUGCAUCCAGGAGCGUUUUUCUCCGGGUGUCAUCCCGCGACCAUGACCACCGCGUGACCUGCCGCGCCCACAGUGCGGAGCUCCGAGAAACCGUGAGCUCCUUCUACCGCCUCAAUGUGCUGUACCCUCCAGAGUUCCUGGGGGAGCAAAAGCUCGUGGUAACGGCGGUGGAGCAGGGCCAGGCACUGCUGCCUGUAUUGGUGUCCGCUAACCCCGCUCCCGAAGCCUUCAACUGGACCUUCCGCGGCUAUCGCCUCAGCCCAGCUGGCGGUCCCCGACAUCGCAUCCUGUCUGGUGGGGCUCUGCAGCUGUGGAAUGUGACCCGCGCGGACGAUGGCUUCUAUCAGUUGCACUGCCAGAACUCAGAGGGCACCGCUGAAGCCCUAGUGCGGCUGGAUGUGCAUUAUGCUCCCACCAUCCGUGCCCUCCAGGACCCUACCGAGGUGAAUGUCGGGGGUUCCGUGGACAUAGUCUGCACUGUUGAUGCCAAUCCCAUUCUUCCAGGGAUGUUCAACUGGGAGAGGCUGGGAGAAGAAGAGGAGGACCAGAGCCUGGAUGACAUGGAGAAGAUAUCAAAAGGAUCCACAGGACGCCUGCGGAUUCACCAUGCCAAGUUGACACAGGCUGGUGCUUACCAGUGUAUUGUGGACAACGGAGUCGCACCUCCAGCCCGGGGGCUGGUCCGUCUUGUGGUCAGAUUUGCCCCCCAGGUGGAACAUCCUACUCCCCUAACUAAAGUGGCUGCAGCUGGAGACAGCACGAGUUCUGCUACCCUCCACUGCCGUGCCCGAGGUGUCCCCAACAUCAUCUUCACUUGGACCAAAGAUGGGGUCCCUUUGGAUCUCCAAGAUCCCAGGUACACGGAGCACACAUAUCACCAGGGUGGGGUCCACAGCAGUCUCCUAACCAUCGCCAACGUGUCUGCAGCCCAGGACUAUGCCCUCUUCACAUGCACGGCCACCAACCCCCUUGGCUCAGACCACACCAACAUUCAGCUCGUCAGCAUUAGCCGUCCUGACCCCCCAUUGAGAUUCAAGGUUGUGAGCAUGACCCCCCACUCAGUGGGGCUGGAGUGGAAGCCUGGCUUUGAUGGGGGCUUGCCUCAGAGGUUCCACAUCAGGUAUGAGGCCCUGGAGACUCCAGGGUUUCUCUACGUGGAUGUCCUACCACCCCAGGCCACCACCUUCACCCUGACUGGGUUGAAGCCUUCUACACGAUAUAGGGUCUGGCUGCUGGCCAGCAAUGCUCUGGGGGACAGUGGAUUAGCUGACAAGGGGAUACAGCUCUCCAUCACCACCCCAGGCCUGGACCAGCCUUCUGGAGAACCUGACCACCAGCUACCCACAGAGCAGCCCGCAGGACCCUCGGAGCUGCCCCUGCUGCCCGUGUUGUUUGCUGUUGGGGGUCUUCUACUGCUUUCCAAUGUCUCCUGUGUUGGGGGAUUCCUCUGGCGACGGAGACUGAAGCAUCUUGCUGAGGGCAUCUCAGAGAAGACAGAAGCAGGGUCGGAGGAAGACAGAGUCAGGAAUGAAUAUGAGGAGAGCCAGUGGACUGGGGACCGGGACACCCGAAGCUCCAUGGUUAGCAUGUCAGAAGUAGAAUCAUAUUACUACUCCACGAAGAACUUCAGCCCUCGGCUGCCCCCCACACUGGAGGAGGGACCUUAUCCCCAAGGUCUUGAAGAUGAGAACAUGACCUUUUCUGAGCACCUGUAUGAUGAGGUGGAAAGAAUGUAUGCCCCAUCUGGGGCCUGGGGACCCCUGUAUGAUGAAGUACAGAUGGACCCUUAUGGUCUCCAUUGGCAUGAGAACAAGUAUGAGGAUCCAAGAGGAAUCUAUGACCAAGUGGCAGAAGACUUGGAUGCCGUGGGAUCUGAUUCUCUCCCCUUUGAGCUGAGGGGAGACCUGGUGUGA